UAGUCGUUGAUCUGCCGCUGAAAAAUUUGAACUUCAACCCCGACGAACAGACAGACUGUAGGACAAACUGUAAAGUAACUGAGGGCAACAUGACGCAAACAGCUGUGAAUGUUUACUCCACCAGUGCAACGUCAGACAACCUUAGUAGACAUGAUAUGCUGGCAUGGGUUAAUGACAGUCUUCAGCUCAACUACACUAAAGUAGAACAGUUAUGUUCCGGUGUUGCCUACUGCCAGUUUAUGGACAUGUUAUUUCCUAGUUCUAUAGUUUUGAAAAAAGUCAAAAUCCUAGCUAAAUUGGAACACGAAUACAUUAAUAAUUACAAACUGUUACAGAAUUCCUUCAAGAAAACAGGGGUUGAUAAGGUUAUUCCAGUGGAAAGACUUGUAAAAGGCAGGUUUCAAGACAAUUUUGAGUUUGUUCAGUGGUUUAAAAAGUUUUUUGAUGCAAACUAUAAGGGUGAUGAUUACGACCCGAUUGAAGCUCGUGGUGGGCAGCAGCCUGCAGGGGGUGAUACGAGGUCCAUGGCUAGCAGAAAACCUGUUGGAACUGCAGGUAAUCCUAAAACUCCUCAUUUUAAAUCUCCAGUAUCUAGAGGAGCAACAAGAACCAGUGCAACAUCAUCAAUGAAUAACAAUAACCAGGUUGCAGAACUUAAUCAACAGUUACUUGAAGUUAAACUCACUGUGGAUGGCUUAGAGAAGGAGAGGGAUUUCUACUUCAGCAAGCUUCGUCAAAUUGAAAUCAUCUGUCAGCAGCAUGAAGAAGAAAACCAUCCAGGACUUCAAAAAAUUGUUGAAAUUCUUUAUGCGACAGAGGAUGGAUUUGCAGUACCUCCAGAGGGCACUAAUGCUUCGGAAGAUCUUGAGGGUGAUCCUGAACAAGCUGACUUCUAAAUUUAUUACAGGAUGGUUUUGCUGCUCCUGAAGAUGAAGACGGAAUAAUAGAAGGUGAACAAGAUGAAUACUGAUCCAUCCAUCUUAUGCUUCUCCAUCUUGACGGAAGAUGUAUUCAAAACAAGACAUUUAGCUUGGGAGACAGGGCGGGGUUGUAAAUGUAACUGGGAAGGGUGAGUCCGGGUAAUUACAAGUUCCUUUAGUGUUCUAAGGCUAGCUACCAGACAUUUGUAUAUUUUAUAAUGAACCUUAAAUUCUUUGUAUAAAUAAAGGAUUGUUGACUUCGAUAAGUAAGACCUUAAAUGCAGAUACUGUAUUUACAUACAUACAUACAUACAUACAGACAGACGUACACGUAGCAUGCCUUUAUAGAGUGCAAAUCAGACUGUAAAACACACAAUAAACUGCAUGUUGUAUAAAUACUAUAAGAUGUUAUUUUUUUUCUACAACUUUCCUUUACUCUUUUUUUUCUUUUCUUCUCAGUCGUGACAUUUUGUUGUCAGAUUUACAGUGUGAGAUACUGGAUUAUUUGCAUUUAUUAUAACCCAAAAAUAGUGUUGAAUUAAAAUGUUAGACAAUUCUUGGUCAAACCUAUAUUUUUAACGUCAUUUGCUGUAAUAUGGCAUUUUAAUGCCACCAGCUUAAAGUAAAAUCUGUUAACUACAGCUUACUUAGUUUUAAUAGCAAUGAUUGCAUGUAGUUACAUUACCAGUAUUAUUCACAGGGUUUUCGUUAAGGAGGUGGCUGUCAGCUUAAUAGCUGUCUAAUGGGCUUGUUCAGUUGACUACUUUCUAUAUUUAACUUGCAACCUUGCAAAAAAAAAUGUAACAUUUUGACAUUCUAAACUUGUCCGCCUAAUCCAAGACUUAGCAAAAUCCCUGAUUUAUUGUUUCUGGUUGCUUUAGAUUUAGCAGCAAGCUAUGCAAACACUAAUAAAUUAUUGUAAUACAUGUAUACAAUAAAUGUUAAGGCUGAUGUUACAGCCAUCAGUAUCUUAGGCCAUUCAUCAUUACGACCAUUAACUGUUCAGAUUAUAUAACUUUUACUGUGAAGCGUUUUGUACAAAGUAAUGUUCAUUUAUCACAAUAAUUUGAAGUGACUUCCAUGUACAGAUUUUUUUUUUUUAUGACUAUGUAUUCAUUGUGUUGGGUACUGUGAAUCGCUUUUUUCGAUUGAGACAAAUUUUGGCAAGUUAGUCUGCAAAUUUUUGUAGCUAAUAAAAUUUUCACUUGGGUUCUUUUGUCCAGUGAGUCUUACUUGCGUGAUUUUAUUCUCUGUCGUAAAAUUACCAAACUGUGAACUUUUCUAACAGCGGUUUUCAGUACUUUAAAGCUGGCCUUAUUCUCUCUGCUGUGAUGAUUCUCAAUAAAAGUUAGUAUUUUGUUGUUUCUUCUAA